GCUUGGCUGGGCUGAGUUUGCCCAUGACGCUGUGCCCUCAGUGGGAGUCUGGCGAACAUCAUAGAACUGUGCCAUUUGGCUGUAUUUUGUCUAAUUAGAUAUGGGAUGAACCUGUGAGAGGUCCAUGUCUUAGAAGAAGGCUGGGGAGAGAAUGGGCCAGGACUGGGGCUGGAAUUAGCCACCAGAGAAGGUACAGCUUGCCUAGAGGCCUCCAGGGAAUGCAGGUGGCAUGGAAGCAGGAGUCCCACUCAGUGUCUCCCAAGCCCCGCCCCAGCCACUCCAGGCCAGGAAGUCCAAAUUUGCCUGGAGGCCCCUCAGAAGGAGAGGAUAGCCACAGGCUGGGUCAGGCUGCCCAGGCAGGGCAGGAGAGGCCCUCAAGGGAGCGGGCAGGUGGGCUGCCAGUUCUUGGAAAGGCUCAUUAAUGAAAACCCCCAAGCCUGACAACUUGGGGGAAGGCUCACUGGCCCCAAGUGUAGCUGAUAAGGGCCAGGAGAUUCCACAACUCAGGUAGUUCCCCCGCCCCCCUGGAGUUCUGUGGUCACCAUUAAUCAUUUCCUCUAACUGUGUAUAUAAGAGCUCUUUUGCAGUGAGCCCAGUACUCAGAGAGAAAGGCUAAGGUCCCGAGGAGGAUGUGGCUGCAGAUCUUACUUUUCCUUGGCAUUGUGGUCUGUAGCUUCUCUGCACCCACUCGCUCACCCGCCCUUGUCACCAGGCCCUGGAAGCAUGUAGAUGCCAUUAAAGAAGCCCUGAGAAACCUGAACAACACCCCUGUCAUGGAGAAUGAAGACAUAGAAGUAGAAAUUGUCUCUAAGGAGUUCUCCAUCAAGAGUCCAACCUGUGUGCAGACCCGCCUGAAGGUGUACGAGAACGGCCUACGGGGCAACUUCACCAUACUCAAGGGUUCCUUGAACAUGAUGGCCAGCCACUACCAGAAGAAUUGCCCCUCAACCCCGGAAGAUGACUGUGAGACACAAGUCACUACAUUUGAAGAUUUCAUACACAACCUUAAAGACUUUCUGUUUGACAUCCCCUUUGACUGCUGGGAGCCAAUCCAGAAAUGAGGUGGCCCAGGCCAGCUCUGGAUCCAACUUCUCAGACUGCUGCUCUUACUCCUACAGAAUGAGCCAGGGAUUCAGGAGUUCUGCCUCGAAGGGACCAAGGGCGGGUCACAGCACAGCGGGGGCAGUACAGACCUUCUCUGAGAAUGCUGACUCCCUCCAACACUGCAGUGGGGACAAGUCAGGGCUAUUUUCUACUGAUAGGGACCAGUAAUAUUUAUUUAUGUAUUUAUAUAUUUCUAAAUAUUUAUUUAUUUAUUUAUUUAAGCUCACAACUGUAUUUAUUCAGGAUGUCUUACUAUAAUAAUAAAUUAUUAAAACUUU